AUGCCGAGGAAACUGCUCUACUCGUUCGCCCAGUUCUACAACUCAAACUUUGAGCGCCGGCCCACCGCGACUCUUAUCGUCACUAACGGCGUCCUGAACAGUGUCGCCGAUAUCCUCGCCCAAUCAUCCAGUAUCCUCCUCCACAAACCCACCGUCCAAAACCCCCUUCCCCCGACAUACGACCCCACCCGUACCCUGCGCUUCGCCGUAUUCGGCAUGGCCAUGGGCCCCGUCAUCGGUCGUUGGAUGCGGCUCCUAGAAAAGCGGAUCCCGAUGCCGAAUGUGAGCCGGGGAGGGGGGCUGACGCUGCCGGGAGGGGUGGUGAGGAAGAAGGGUGGGGAGGGGAUACAGCUUGCAAAGAGGGUGUUGGCGGAUCAGGUUGUCAUGGCGCCGAUCGGUUUGUGUCUCUUUGUCGGGUCGAUGGGUAUCAUGGAAGGUCAUUCCCAGCUGGAGAUAAGUGAGAAAUUCCGAGACGUGCCCGCCCUGUUCGCCAACUGGAAGAUCUGGCCCCUCAUCCAAACGAUCAACUUUAAACUCAUGCCCAUCCAAUACCGUGUGCCCUUCCAAAGCACAUGCGGUAUCGCUUGGACGCUCUAUCUCAGUCUGCUCAAUGCCAAGUAG